GUACUACACAUUCUCAAGCGGUUUAUACAAGUAGAUUUAUUAGUCUUAAUGAAUUAGAGAUCAUAAACUCUCGGGCAGUUUACACAAGCGGAAUUAUCAAUGAUGAUAACAAGAUUAUAGAAAGUCAAGAUAACAUACCUAUUGAAUAUAUGGAAAGCUUAUUAUGUCAAAAAUCAGAGUGA